AUGACCAAGUCUAGACAAACUGCAGAAGCAUCGACGAGGAUUCUGUACAAGAGUGUACAUGCUAUACAUGCAAUUCUUCGUCACAUGACGUCCAAGGCUUUAAACUUGGUGGUUCAUCCUGUUCUACGUGCAGUGCUCUUUGUUUUUCUUGUGCUGGCACUGUUACUGCUGGCUGUCAUGAAUCUUGGUAGACUAGAACUAUGGAUGACUGGUGCUGGUCUUGUGAUGGUUGCGAUGAGUGUUGCAAGCGCUGUGCAAGAGUUUAAAUUUCCUAGAAUAGUACCGUCGUACCAGGAGUUUCUGGACCAAGAGAUGGAAAAGUGCGGAUGUGAUAUCGUCACGCUUCCUCCUCGUCUUCCGCUAGUGAAAGGAAAUGCUGUCAAGAAGCAGCAACAGGUGACAAAGGAUGCCACGUCCUCCAUGACGUUAAACAUUGCCCCAGCGGCGUCAUCGCCAUUCCCUUUGACACUUCCGAAAAAGACUGGCCGACGAGGAAGUGAGUAUAGUAUUGAAGGACUGAAAUCUGCUAUCAAUACGACGGUUGUGGAGACUUGUGUUCCUCGCAACACCAUUACUGCCAUUGAAGUUGGCAAUAAGCUAGAUUUGCUCCACUGCGGCACAGUGAUUGAUAUUCAGGGAUCACUAGGGUUUAUCAUUCCACAUGAUUUGCGAAUACAAGCCGAUGGUUCAUGCAAAAGUACAUGGAACAGCUCGGUCGCAGAAUUUGACCGGGCAGGCAAGCAGCAAAAGAUACCCCUGAUUAUCCCGUUUAACCUCAACGAAGACCGGACAGGUACGCGUCAAAAGAUUGCAGUAGGCAAUACCGUCAAGUUUGCGUACUCAAACACAGGCGCUCGUAGUGAUUCUCCAUCGGCGACUUAUGCUUUAAGUGUUACGCUAGUGCCAACGGAUGAUGGCAUUGUCAAAAGCCGGUCUGCACUGCAAUCGUGCAAGCAGGCACGUGAGGUGUCGUUUGCACGAGCUAUGGAAGAGCUGACGAUGAUCUCGCCACGCAACGAGCCGGUGAAACACCAGGUCGAUCUAAUCAAGUAUGCAGAAAAGCUUGACAACCUCGACACUCCUUUCGACUAA